GAAAUUCCCGAACAGGUUUGCACUCUACUUCCUGGUCUCAAAUCAGAGGCAGGCAGCCAGCGGAUGGGGCGACGGUCUACCACAGUCGCGUUGAAUAAAUACAUAAUACCAGCUACAGAUGUGGAAACGGUGAGGACGAAACGCGUUAAGCCUGUUUCGGCUCCCGGACUUGCAUCUCACCGCCCUCUACGAGAGGUAGCCUAGUGACAACACAGCGAAUUUCACGUAUGUAAGCAACAUCGCGGUAGAGCAACUGCAUUUUCUAUAUUCUAUUGUUGCGCCUAAUUAGCCUGCUAUAUCCCCGUAUGGAAUAAAAAAAAUUCUCUCCGCUUUCAUGUUGAGAGAGGAAGAGGAAAGGAAUUGUGGACCACACAAAUUGUAGUCGACAGAAAGUUGUUUUUACUUCCGAGUAAAGGUUGAAAACUCCGUCGAUGGCGUCAAAUUCGAGGGUGUCUAUUUUGGAUUACUUCAAUAUUGUAUUUGAGGGAGAAAAUGGCAAGAUCGAAUCAAACUGCAAGGCGUGCGGAACAAGGAUCCAGGCGAAGCGGACAGUAACGUCCAACUUCGUCACACAUCUGAAGCGUAAGCACCAGGCAAUGUACGAUGAGUUCGUGAAGAAGAAAGAUGUGAAAAGAGAGGCGUACUCGUCCGGGGGCGUGCAGCAGCACAUGGCGGGUCGCUCUGAGCCAGCUCGCUCCUCACACGCCGCCAGCGCCGCCAUCGCCAAGUUUGACCGCAACGACCCGCGCCAGGUGCUGAUCUCCGAGGCCAUCGCCAAGAUGAUCAUCCGCGACCUGCAGGCGGUGCAGAUCGUGGAGAAUGAGGGCUUCCGGGACCUUCUGCAGCUGCUGGAGCCGCGCUACACACCCGAGCCGCGCCACUACAUCCAGCAGCAGCUGCUGCCGGGCUACGCCUACCAGGUGCAGCUGGCCACCAAGCAGGCGCUGACCACCGCAGAGUCCUGCAGCGUCACGCUGGACUUGUGGAAGAGCGCCGUGGCCGCGGGCGGGGCCGGCGGCCCCGGAGGGUACCUGGGGGUCACCUGCCACUUCCUCACAGCUGACUGGCAGAUCAAGUCGGCGCUGCUGGCCUGCCUGCCCCUGUCGGGCCAUGGGACGGCUCAGCGCGUGCUGUCGGAGUUCGACGAGAUCUCGCACGCCCACGGGAUCACGGGAAAGGUGUUCCGCGUGGUGGCGGACCCCUUCCCCUGCGAGGGCCGCGCCGCGUUUCGGCUGCCGGGCUUCUGCCUGCACGGGGUGGAGGAGGAGGAGGACGAGGAGGAGGACAGCAGCGACGAGGAGGUGGGGGCGGGGGAGGCGGUGGAGGCACAAGGUGCAGGACCGGGGGGCGGGGUGGAGGCGGGAGAUAACUCCCUGGACCUGUGUUUGGGGCCGUGCCGGAUCGACUGCUUUGCGCGCUCCCUGGCCAUGUGCGUGAGGGAGGGGCUGCGCUCGUCUCCCCAGCUGUCCAUCGCGCUCACCAAGGCCGCCUGCUUCUACAACUACGUCACCGCCACCGUCGCGCCUGAGAAACUGGGCCAGGUGUUUGGCACGGGCAUGGCGGGCGUGGCCAGGUCCCCUGGCCCUGCCCACGGUGAGCAGCGCUGGAACUGGCAGCUGAAGACCGUGCGGCGCAUGCUGGAGUCUGCAGAGUUCCUGGAGGACAUUGUGGAUCGGCACGACCUGACGCUCAGCAGCUUUGAGAAGGCGGUGCUGCGGGAGCUGGUGGAGGUGCUGGAGCCGUUCGAGGAGGCAACAGACAUGGUGCAGGGCGACAAGCACGUCUCCAUCAGCCUGGCUCUGCCCUGUGUGCUGGGCCUGCGAAAACACCUGUCGGAAACCGCCACGCGCCAGUGCACCGGCAUCCUGGUGGGGCUGGCACAGUCCCUGGACCGCCGGCUGGCCGCCAUCUUGGAGGACCCCCUUCACGUGACCGCCACCGCCCUGGAUCCUCAGUUCAAGCUAUCCUGGAGCAGUGACACGGAGUGGCACCGGCAGGUGCUACUGAAGGAGGUGGCCAAGCACACGCAGGGCGGGGCCAGCCCACAGGUGCCCAGCCCUGAGCCCCAGCCACCCCCCUCCAAACGCUGCAAACUCUUCUCCUUCAUGAAGCAGCGCCCUGCUUCGCAGGCCAAGAGCAUUGAGCAGGAGCUGGCCACCUACCUGCAUGAGGAGCCACGUGAUGAAGACCCGCUGCACUAUUGGAAACGCAAGGCCACUGACUUCCCCCAGCUAUCCCAGGUCGCCAAAAAGGUGUUCACAGUACCGGCCACCACCACGCCAGUAGAACGGAUAUUCAACACCGUCAGCAAGAACCUGCGGCCAGAGAGGUGCAGGCCCUUACCAAAGAACCUGGAGACUCUUAUUUACCUAAAGGCCAACUACCGUUUCCUCUGGACAUAAGCUUGCAGGGCUGCUGCAAUGGUGACUGAACUUACAGCUAUUUCACAGGUCCUUGCCCCACUCUAUCCCUCCUGUAAUUAAAAAAAUAUUUUAUAGGCUGAAAUGCAGAAUGACUGUUACAUCAGUCAGCAUAGAACUGUCCCAAGAAAGGUUUUUCCGUUUAUGUAUGUGUGUGUAUAUACGCUGUGGCCACGUUUUUAGGUACACCUAUCUAGUACUGUGUUGGACCCCCUUUUGCCUACAGAACAGCCUGCAUUCUUCACGGUAUGGAUUCAACAAGGUGCUCAAAAUAUUCCUUAGUAAUUUUGGUCCAUGCUGACUCAAUAUCAUCAUGCAAUUGCCUGCAGAUUUUUCAGACACGCAUUCAUGCUGUGAACCUCCCUUUCCACCUCAACCCAAAGGUGCUGUAUUGGAUUGAGAUGUGGGGACUGUGCAGGCUAUUGCAGUGAAGUCACUGUCAUGGUCAUGGGAACCAGUCUGAGACGAUGCAUGCUUUGAGACAUGGUGCAUUAUCCAUUUGAAAAAGUGUACACUGUGGCCAUAAAGGGAUGCACAUGGUCAGCAACAAUACUUUAGCAUGCUGUGCCAUUCAAAUGAUGCACAACUGGUAUUAAAGAGUCUAAUGUGUGCCAAGAAAACAUUCCCCACACCAUUACACCACCACCACCAGCCUGCACUGGUGACACAAGGCAGGAUGGAUCCAUGGAUUCAUGUUGUUUAUGUCAAAUUCUGACCCCACCGUCUGCAUGUCACCCUGGUCUGGUGAUCAUGUGCCCACUGUAGCCUCAUUUUCCUGUUCUUAGCUGACAGGAGAGGAACCUGACAAGCAGUUCUGCUGCAGCCCAUCUGUUUCAAGGUUUAAUGUAUUGUGCAUUAAGAGAUGCCCUUCUGCACCGCACUGAUGUAAAAGCUGUUAAUUGAACAUGCGUGGCCUUUAUGUUAGCUUGAACAAAUCUGCCCAUUCUCCGCUGAUGUCUCUCAUUAACAAGGUGUUUUUGGCCACAGAACUGCUGCUGCUGGAUUUUUUCAUUGCACCAUUCUGUCAACCCUAGAGACUGUAGUGCAUGAAAAUCCCAGGAGGGCAGCUGUUUCCAAGAUUCUGGAACCACCACGUCUGGCACCAACCAUCAUACCAUGGUUAGAAUGGCUUAGAUCAUGUGUCUUGCCCCUUUCAAUGUUUUGUUGAAUAACAACUAAACCUCUUCCCUAUGUUUGCUUUACAUAUUGAGAUUCAGCCACCUGAUUCACUGUUUGGACCAGCAGGCUAUUUGCAUAAUGAGUAGGUGUACCUAAAAAAUGGCCACUAUAUACAUAUGUAUAUACACAGACACAUCAUAUAUAUUUAUAUAAAUAUAUAUAUAUAUAACUAUAAACAAAAACUAAACUAACACUUUGGUCGUUUAGAUUUCUUUUUUGAUUGUUGUAACUGUAAACCUAGUUAACUGCUUUGGAGACUUUACUGCAAACCUCUUAAUUAUUAAUCAACUCCUUCAAAUGUGUGUAUUUAUGUCCCAUAGUUUUCUCGCUCUCACCAUCAUUGAUUAAAAAAAAAACAACAAUGGUGAAAUAAGAACCCUGUUGAUGGAAAGGCAUUUCUUCAGCCAAAGCUGUUUUGAGCAUUUGGCACUCAUGCUGAUGAAAAUAUAAAUAUCCAGUGUAAACCAGUGAUGGGAGAAUUACUUUUUAAAUCUAAAGUAGGUGGAGCUCUCAUGUGCUGACAGUGACUUGCUGAUUUCAACCACAUAGGCCAUAUUUAUAUGCACAGACUGUUUCUGGAUAAUGAAUGGUCCUUAUCAUGGUUUUAGUCCUAUUCUGAGUGAGCCAUUUACAAGCACCAUGAAAUACGGUGACAACUAAUAUUCCCAUACAUGGAUUUCAGAGUGUCCCUAUAGUAAGCCCUAUAAUGGUCAUACAUGGAAUUCCCCACUAAUUGUAUUGUUUGGGAUGCUCACUUUUAGAAUUGAAAAGAAUAACUUAAUUUUUCCUAGGGGGAACUUCAGGUGAAAUAGCCAGCAUACAAGAAAUUAAAUAAUUACAUGAAUUACAUAAAAUUACAGAAAUUUAAUUUAGAGCUUCCUAAAUUAUACUGCUAUUUUUACAAAUUAGAAGUCAAGAAUUCUAGUAAGUAACUUCCAUACAUAAAUUGCAUAAAAUGUGUAUGAAUUACAUAAAAUCAGGAAACACCUAAAUACAAUUUAGACUUUGCUAAAUUAGAACAAUUAACCAUUUAAAUCCGGCCCUGAUUUUCUGUUCUGAAAAAUGAACUGAACAAUAAGGGCUAACCAAUGGCUAGACCGUCUUCACACCUGACUCCCAGGUGAAAAACCAACGGAUCUUAGUCCUUGAGUGCCAUACAAGGUUUUAAAGGAUAUGGAUAUUUGCAUUAUCUUUUUUUUUUUUUUUUUUUUACAGUUGCAACACAGCUCAUUGCAUAGUCAUUCUUAAAGACGACUUUUAUGAUGCUUUCUGAUGUUCAGAAUUCACACAUUAAGGCCUUUCAUUACUGAGAGACGAACGUGGUUGCUCCAAAAAUGCAUGCUUUUUGGGUUUGCCAUGACUAGUUUUAUCUUUGGGUGAGAGUAUACUCCAAUUAAAGUGUUUACAUGAAUCAAUAUUUUAACAGAUAAAUACCCCAUGUUAUACUGGAUAUUCAUAACAGGUAUAGUACAUUUUCUGGGUCAUGGUUUUUGGAAUAAGGUGUUUACAUAAUGCAUAUCAUGACUUUCAUUAGUGGGUUUAUUGAAGAAUAUUAGUAAGCAUGCAGUCCCUUGAAUUGAAUUGGAACUGUUUUUUCUGAGGAGUAUCUUUUGAUUGGUGGAAACAAGUCUCAAGACUAUCAGCAAAUUUUAGCUCCAGCCAUCACAGGCUUCAUGAAAGUUCACCUUCCCAGCUGUAAUAUAAACCUCUCCAACACUCUAGAGCAGUUUCCACAGCUCAGAGGUGGUCAGACUGAUUUGGCUUGUGCAUCUUUGUUAAGAAGUGAGUUAUUAUCCUGUUCUCCUGCCCUAUAAUCCCAUUACUCUGCUCUGUAUUCAGAAAAUGUGCUCAGCCUAGGACAACUGCCAGUAAAUAGUGGAUAUGUGAAUAUCCAUUUAUAAAACUACAAAAGCUGAGUUUUCAAAUAGAAGCCCUUAAACUCCACAUGGGCCAGAGCCAAUCAGCAUUAACAGUCUGUUGUAACUAACUUUGGCUACAAGCUUCUACCAAAGGACAAAAUGUUAAAUUUGUUAAUAUGAACAAAAUAGUAAAACGUAUUGAUCUGUCUGAGGAGUUAGAUACUCCUACCUGUGAAGUAUUAGCUGGCUACUGCAGGAUGAGAUGCUGACUGUCUAUAUGCCAGAUGAGCAGCAUGUUAUUAACCGUGACACAGGAAGAUCAGCUUUAAUGUUAUAAACUCAAUGCUGAUUAGGCAAAGAACACGACUGGUUUCUUACUGUGGGUUCUCUCUCAAAUGCAAGCAGAAAUGUGCAUCAGCUAGAGAUUGGUUCUUUUUGAAAGAAGUGAACUGCAUUUCAACUGUGUAGCAAUUAGGCCUACCUAAUUUGGUUUUUAUUAUACUCUUGUCUGUGUCUGCUAGCAGAGAGAUUGGCUUUGAAAUUUUCUGAUUGCCAAUACAAACAGUAAAAAGUUAAAUAACAUUGUGUGUGGUGGGCUAUGUUUAUUUAAAAUCUCAUUGGGAAGGACCGAUCGAAUGUGGGCCCAUAUGCCCAAGAAACAAAGGACAGUGAACACAUCUAUGUACCCAGUUAUUCUCUGAAAGAAACAUGAACUGAAUGAACUGGUGAUGUUGUCCGUGAAGGAAUCAGGAAGGAACUGAAGGAAGUGGUCAAGUACUUUUUGAAGGAGAGGUGGUCUGUCCGCUGUUCUUGUUGUCAUUUCAAUGUCCAACGAGAACUUGUAAGUUAUGCAAUGUGCAGAUAUAGUUAGCCCACAUUAAUUUAUAAAUAAAAUACUGCAAACA